CAGCUGUGGGGCGGAAAGCGCAGUUAAGAGGAUUUAUUUUUUAUCCCAGUAAAUCUCGCGAGAACUGGUUGCUCGCGCACCAGAAUAACGACGGGGUGAGCGCCUGCGCUUCAAACUGUUAUAAUAAGUUACUUUAUGGUUAUUCUUUAGGCCGCCGUUCAAAGCCAGGCACCGCAGCAACCUCUGCAUGUCUUCCUUUAUCAGUGACGAGAGUUAACUUUCAGAAAUCGACGCUCGCGCGCGCAAAGCGGUUACUUUGUAAAAAAGUUCACAGCCAAUGAUUUAUGGAUCCGAUCGGCGGGACGUCCCUUCCCUGCGGCAACGUCGUAGACUGAUCUGAAUUCUCAUCCGCUGAGACGCAUGAGUGGAGUCUCAUUGGACAGGCGGGCUCCUCGCCGGGAAAGUGUUUUUGUUUUUGCUCCCUGCGCUCUCCGCGCGCCGCUGUAACUCCAAGGACGCGAGCCGAAGAUGGCCUUUCGCUCCAGCCUGUCCGAAAAACAAGAAGCGUUUAACUGUUUCGUGAUGACCGACAGAGACCAUUCCUGUGACACCGGCCCGUGUCCGACCAUCGAGCUGAGCAAAGCGGUGUCGGUGUCUCUGGGUUUGGACUCGCUGGCGUCUCCGCUCCACAGCCAGUGCCCCAGCAGCGCGUUCGCGGACUCCGCCGACGGCGGAAAUAAUGGUUCCCGAGGAGUGUCAGAGUUGCCUGGAAAUGUGAACUCGGAAGGAAAUGGACUCGUCCUAGCCCGCAGCAGCCCGACGCAGGACAACUUUAGAGAAGUGUGCGCCAACAUUAGGCAGGUGAGCUGCGUGGAUCUGUUCAGAUCGGGGGACAUGGACUGCGCGCAGUCGGUUACGCGCGGAUCGGUCAUAUCCAGAUUCGUCUGCAAGGAUCCAAGCAUGUUCGUGAGCCCGGCGUCGGAGCUCUCCGCCACUUCCCAGGUCAAUGAGGUCGCACCUUUAAAACCAUAUUCUGCUUAUCCCGCUAAUCCGAACCUGUACAGGGAGAACCAGGGCGGGUGGUGCGCAAACGAGCGCAUUUACAGCGAGCGGCCAGAGCCGCACAGAGGCGGAUCCGACGGACAUCAUUUCUCCUGCAAAUAUUGCAGUUGUGGGCAAACCCCGUUCGGGUCCAGGCAGGAAUGCAACUGUGUGUGGUACAGUAGAGGUGCGCAAAGUGGAAAAGGUGGCUCACACGCAGCGAUGGCACAGGCUUACGGCCAAGUGGAAAGUUACCCAGACGCGAUCCCCCAAGGGCAAAACACUUUUUCCACUAUCAAGACCGAACCUUCAGUUUGGGUGGACUGCGCCGACCGAACUUUCAGGCAUGAGGAUUUGUUUCCAGGAGUCUACCUGUCAGACCGCAGAGUGUGCCAGGUGUGCGGCGACGACGCUUCGGGCUGUCACUAUGGAGCAGUCACCUGCGGCAGCUGCAAAGUGUUCUUUAAAAGGGCCGCUGCAGGUAAGCAGAACCACCUGUGUGCCAGCCGGAACGACUGCACCAUCGACAAGCUGAGGCGGAAGAACUGCGCCUCGUGCCGCUUGAAGAGGUGCUUCAUGUCGGGGAUGAGCCUGAAAGGCCGGAGGCUGAAGGGAGCUGGACAGACGAGGAGCGGAGAGGAGGAGCUGCCCGCUGCCUGGGGGCCUGGGGAAAGGGAAGAGCGAAAGAAAGAUGUUAUCCCGGAGUCUGGAAACGUGGCUCAAGGUGGGCCUCAAGGCUUACCACCAGGGAUCCCCCCGACUCUGCGUUCCUGCUUAUCCCUCCUGAGCAUCCUGCAGUCUAUUGAGCCCACUCUGGUUAACGCGGGACAUGACCCCGCCCAGCCAGACAGCUCCUCGUCCUUGCUAACCAGCCUCAACGAGCUCGGAGAGAGGCAGCUGGUAACCGUGGUGCGCUGGGCCAAGGCAAUUCCAGGUUUCCGUGAUCUCCACGUGGAUGAUCAGAUGUCGGUGAUUCAGCUGUCGUGGAUGGGGGUGAUGGUGUUGGCGUUAGGGUGGAGAUCCUACACUCUCACCAACUGCUCCAUGCUCUACUUUGCUCCAGAUCUGGUUUUCAACGACCAGCGGAUGCAAAUCUCCAGCAUGUACGAACACUGCGUUCGGAUGAAGCUCCUCGCCCAGCGCUUCCACCGGCUGGAGGUGACCGAGGAGGAGUUCCUCUGCAUGAAGGCCCUCGUCCUCUUCAGCAUCCUGCCAGUAGAGGGCCUGAAGAGCCAGCGUUGUUUUGAUGAACUGCGGACCUCCUACAUCAAGGAGCUGGAUCGGCUGGCCAGCCACCGUGGGGAGACCACCCGUACGCAGAGGCUGUUUCAGCUCACGGAGCUGCUGGACUACCUCCAGUCGGUUGUGAGGAAAUUGCACCAGUUCACCUAUGAUCUCUUCAUCCAAGCUCAAUCCCUGCAGACGCGUGUCAACUUCCCCGAGAUGAUCUCGGAGAUUGUCAGCGUCCAUGUGCCCAAGAUCCUCUCAGGCAUGGUCAAGCCCAUCCUCUUCCACAACACGGCCUAGACGGAAGAGA